GGGCCCGCCGACGGCGACGCGAGCUCCACUGGUGGCGCGAGCAGGACCUCGGACCUGUCGUCCGUCCUCACGCAGCUCGCGGCCUCGAAGGGCCAGGAGCCCCAGGCGGCCGCAGCCAUCGAGCUGGCGCGGAAGCCGGUGGCGCCACCCCCGCCCGCGGUGGAGGCCAAGCCGCCCGACGAGGUCUUCCGCAAGGCGGCGGGGCUUCACAAGGAGGCGGCCAGGAAGCACCAGGGCGCGGUGGACGCGGUGAUCAGGCUGGAGGACCAGCUCGCGGCGGCGCGCGAGAGGGAGAGCGCGCUGGCCGUGGUGCUGGCGGAGGCGGAGCACUCCAAGCGGGUUGCCGCGCCGGCGGCGGCGCGCCAGGCUGCCGAGGCCGAGCGGCAGCAGGAUCUCAGUGAGGAGAUCUUCCAGCUCACGUGGGACCCAGGUGUCUUCUCGAACGUGAGCGACCUCUCGCCGUCCGAGCGCGAGGAGCUGAGGCAGCUCGAGUCCUCGCUCACCGCUGCCAAGGCGGACCUGGCGGGCAGGGCGAAGGCCAUCAAGGACAAGUUCCAGCAGGUGCGCGCGGUGAAGCUGUCACUGCGCAAGCGGAAGGGCUCCAACUCGCCCGACCGCCUCAGCGAGAUCGACGAGGGCGACGCCGUGAUGGGCGACGCGGUCCUCGGCGGCAAGGCGACGGCUGACGGUGGGUCCACAGGUGGCGCCGCGGAGAAGGGCGAGACCUCCAUCGCGCAGGCUGCUAAGCAGAUCAGCGCCGCCAAGCUGUCUGCUGCGCGGGCCGCCAAGACAGCUGCCGCUGGUGGGGCGGCCGCGGCGCGGCCCAGCGCCGAGGGCGGGACCCCGCAAGCAGAGGCAGGCUCGGCCCGCGCCGACACGAGUCUUGAUGGAGGCGUUGAGGAGGUCGACUCCAGUUUUGGCAGCAGUGGGGGCCAUCGAUUAUUCUUUGCGAAUGUCACGGAGAUGGGGCCACUGGCUUGGGGCUUUGUGGAGGAGUCGGUCGAGAGGUUCAACACGUUCAGCUUCGUCGAGACACACAUGCAGGGGAGCCACUUUGAGAAGUGGCGGGUCGCGGCCAGGAGGCUCGACCUCAAGAUCUUG